AUCUGGAAGUGCGCCGCCGCGGAGGAUGUAGCUGCGGUCAACCGCGCCAGUACUCCGCCGUCCUGCCGGGAACAAUGAGCGACGCAGAGCGCACGCCGAUGGGGCUCUUAGUCGCGCUGGUGCUGGCGCCUACACUUCUGCUUCCAGCGUCUGCUCUGAACUGUUACCUGUGCCGUUCAGCUGAAGAUCCUUCAUGCGCAACCAGUCCGCAAAACCAGGGAGAUUGUGAUGAUUACCUGGCUUUAAAUGCUCCAAUCGUCCAAGCAAAUACAAUUAAGAACACCACUCAUUGCGUCAGUCUCGUAUACACCAAUGUUACAGAGAACAGCGGUCGCAAGUACACAGAAAGGAUGUGUGUGCCAAUACCGGACAAGACGAAUCCCUGCCUGGAGGCAGCUAAAGUGGUGAAGGUAGAGAGCUGUUACUUCUGCUCCGAAGAUCUGUGUAAUCGUGGUGGAAGAACUGAUUCGAUACAGAAAUUCUAUAUCCUACUGCUAUAUUACGUGGGACAUUUGUUACUUACCUGACUGAGGCACUAAUUUAGCUGGACACGGUUUUGUGAUAUGUACAUAAGUGUACUUCAAAUUGUUAAACAACUCUUAAAAAAGGGACGAAUUGUUUGUCACUGACAUCUUAAUGUGAUAAAAAGGUUACAAUUUCAAGAAGUGCUACACCACACACUGGCAUCGGGAGUAAUUUGGGUAUGAAAAUAUUGAAACUGCUUUGCAGGCAUAGUUCAACUUAUCUGUAGUGGAUUCCUGUUUUGGCCUCAGAAUUAUUGGAGGAAAUUGAUCGAGGUUUUUUUUUUUUUUUGGCUGAACCGAGCAUUUGUCGCCACAUAAAAAUAUAACUGUUGUCUUUCAUCGAUUUUCAUUUGGAAACCAACGACUGUAAAUUAUGUAAAACAAAAUAUAACAGUUUACAUCUCUCAGAAUUUAUUUAUUGUCUUUCACGAAGCAGUUCGAAGGAAAGAAGCAGUUAAUUCAUUCACUCAUUCAAAAAUUGUGUUCUGUAAAGUCCAUAAUGAAAGAUAGCACCCAGAGAUGUGGAGCGAGUCACUUUAUGCACUAUGAGGAAGAAGCAGACACUGUAGCUACUUACAGUUUUAAAUUAUACUAAAAACAAAUUAUUACUGUUGCUAAUAUAUAAUAUACUCAUACUGAUGAUUUUGUGAAUUAGUUGUAAAUUAUCCUAUACAUAUUUAUGAAGAUUAGAUGAGAAACAACUGCAUAUAAAUAAAAAAAAUUCAUUAUCUUA